AUGAAGUUGUUGUUGAACAUGACCGUCUACAGUGGACAACAAUUCCACCGAGCUGGGGCAUGCUCAUGGAAUAUCAUGGAACACAGGGAUCCUUCAAAGACCUUAAAGGUCAUUGCUCGUUCCAGGAGCAAGGAUGCACCUUGCAUGCUGCUCAGACCUUGCCAUUUGAUCCGAAGGCUGUUGCCAUUUGACGAUCCCUUGCUGGAGUUUCAGAAGGCCAAGCAGGCGGCCGCCAGCGCAGCUUGGCUACCCAAUCCAGAGGUGGAGCUCCAUCAAAUCCCUCGGGGCGUUUUGCUGCUUGGCCGAGUGGACGCAGUGGAAGGUCAUGGCGAUUGGCGGCCACCAAGCUUGCUACCGCUUGAAGAGGUGUGUGACCGUUGUCCAUGGAUGUCACUCAUCACCGAGGAGCCCGAGCUGGAGGCCACCUUGGCACCGGCAGACGGAGAGGCUUGUGGACAUACUGAACCCAGCGACGACUCGCGCGAGCUGGUCGACUUCGACAUGUGCUUGGAAAAGGGUGAUGAUUUGCUGGGCAUCAGUGUGGAGGCCCAUGACUCUGGCCUUCGUGUGGCGUCCAUCAGCGAGAGGGGCCUGGUGGGGCAGCGGAACCGAGCCGAAGUGGCUGAGCGGCUCGCGGAAGGCUCCGUGAUUCUAGAGAUCAAUGGUGUGAAAGAUGAUGCAGACGCCAUGCGGCAACAGCUGGAGGAGCCCAUCCUUCACUUACGUGUGCGGCCCGCUCGCGGCGCGUGCGAUGUCUUCGGGCGGCGCAUGGGAGCACAACCUGCAGUCUUUCCGCACGCCGAGAUCAAAGGUGAGAUCCCCCUGUGCCGCUGCACCGGCCGUUGCCGCUGCGGCCUCGCUGACGCCUUGGGCCGUGCACGAGACGAGCGCAGUUGGGCGGCGCCGCAGCCGGCGCUGGCCAUUGCGAAUCUGCACAGGGAGGUCACGGAGGAGAUGCUCUACAGCUUCUUUACAAAGGUAGCACCUGUGGCCACCGUCCGAGUGGUCAGAGACACCAAGACUUUGCAGUCGGAGCAGCAUGGCUAUGUGAAUUUCUACACCUUUCAGGAUGCAGAAAAGGUCUUGAAGACGUUGGACGGCUCGGUCCUUUACAGACAGAGAUGUCUCCUCAGCUGGUCCACCAGGGCCAAACAGCCGCCGGAGCCCCUGUUGUCCGCACCGCCGCCAGCGCCAGCGCCAACGGCCGUGCGGGUGAUCACCUCUUGCAAGCCCGUGAGCAGCAUGAAGGAACACGUGGCCCCCGCAGAGCAGGUCAAAAGUGACCGGCCGCGUCGGAAGGCCAUUUGA